AUGCUUCUGGCUAUAGGCCAACGGAUGGCGUAUGAGGCAGCCGUUGAUGCGGGUGUUGAUCCCAAUUUUCUGGCGCUAUAUGAAGCCGGAGCGGUGAGGAACGACUCAAGUUGGUAUGUGGAGCAGCUGAGGCUCAGUAGGGCAUCUCAAUAUGAUAUGGAGUGCCAAGCGUGCGAUAGUGUAAUGUCGCAGCUAGAUAGGCAUUUGGACGAAUUGGGUAUGGAGCCGUACUGCACCGCCCCAAUGCUGUCGCCGGCUAGAUGGGAGACUUUCAUCAAUACCUGCCCUAUAUACACGGGAGAUGCAGUUCCUAGCCUGGUUUAUGGAGGUAGCCGAGAGUACAGACUUUGA